CCGAGGGGUGGGGCCCUCGUGAGGCGGCAGCUGACGGGGAGGGGCCCGGCGCCCCCCCGCGCCCCCAGCAGGUGCGCGGCUGGGGAAGGAGAGGCCUUGGGCCCCUCGGCGCGCGCCCGGGUCCGCGGCGCACGCCACUCAGCUCCGCCAUAACCUGCGGCCGAGGCCGGACGGAGACGCGGAGAGAGGUGGAUCAAACCUCCUUUGAGAUACUGUUUGAGUGUUGCUAUGGCAACAGCAAAUCACCUUUAGGUGGCUCCUCUGGAAAGAGGGCUACGCGUGAUACAUAUGGUUGCUCUGUGUUGUACUUCUGGGGAAUCUUAACCUUCAGUGAUUUUUUUUCUCUGAGAAUUCAGUUUUUAAAACCGAGUAUCAAUAAUUAAUAUUUUAGAGUGGAAGAAGCAAUUUCCCCUAAACCAACUUCCCUGAUUCAAGAAAGAAAGGGGCUCUUCAGUCCCUGUAUUUAAUAGAGCUGCUUCUCCCAGGCCAUUCCAAAGGAGAUUUGAGGUAAUGAAAAUGAAGAGUAUUUGCUGACACAUCAAACUUCGGUAUAAAAGUCACAAAUGUCGUCAAAUGAUGGAAGGUUCAGGAAUUGGGACAGACAUUAUGAUGAAGUCCCAAGGGACAGGGACUCACCCUAUCAAGACGGCACCAUAGGAACCUUCCAGACUCUUCGUGACAGUGAGCUGGCUGUGAGCGCUGAUCCCUUGCCACCACCCCCUCUCCCAUUACAGCCACCAUUCGGCCCCGACUUCUACUCAAGUGACACAGAGGAACCGGCCAUAGCCCCAGAUCUCAAACCUGUAAGGCGCUUUGUCCCUGAGUCCUGGAAGAACUUCUUCAGAGGGAAGAAAAAGGACCCAGGAUGGGAUAAGCCAGUGUCUGACAUCAGAUACAUCUCGGAUGGAGUGCAGUGUUCACCUCCAGCCUCUCCAGCAAGACCAGACCACCGCUCACCCCUCAACUCCUACAAAGAUCCUUGCGGAGGGUCAGAAGGAACCUUUAAUUCCCAGAAGGAGGCUGAGGCCAUGUUUCACCACGAUCCCUACAGUUCCCUCGGCCGACACACACAGACAGCCCAAACGUACAGUGAGAAGGUGGAAGAGUAUAACCUGAGGUAUUCCUACAUGAAGUCGUGGGCAGGCCUGCUGCGAAUUCUGGGUGUGGUGGAGCUGCUUUUGGGAGCUGGCGUCUUUGCUUGUGUCACAGCUUACAUUUACAAGGACAGCGAGUGGUAUAACCUGUUUGGAUAUUCACAGCCCUAUGGCAUGGGAGGCAUUGGUGGCCUGGGCAGCACGUACGGGGGCUAUUAUUACAGUGGCCCCAAAACCCCUUUUGUACUCGUGGUUGCUGGAUUAGCUUGGAUCGCCACCGUUAUUAUUUUGGUUCUCGGCAUGUCCAUGUAUUAUCGGACCAUUCUUUUGGAUUCUAAUUGGUGGCCUCUAACUGAAUUUGGAAUUAACGUUGCCUUGUUUAUUUUGUAUAUGGCUGCAGCCAUAGUCUAUGUGAAUGAUACCAACCGAGGUGGACUCUGCUACUAUCCGUUAUUUAAUACUCCAAUGAAUGCGGUGUUCUGCCGCGUGGAAGGAGGACAGAUAGCAGCGAUGAUCUUCCUGUUUGUCACCAUGAUCGUUUAUCUCAUUAGUGCUUUGGUUUGCCUAAAGUUGUGGAGGCACGAGGCAGCUCGGAGACACAGGGAGUGGAUGGAACAUCAGGAGAUAAGUGAGCCAUCAUUGCCAUCGAAAAGGAAAAUGUGUGAUAUGGCCACUCGUGGUGACAGACAGAGAGACCAAGAAGUUAAUGUCAAAGAAUUGAGACCAACAAAAAUGAAACCCGAACUUCUGAGUGGGCACAUCCCUGCAGGCCACAUCCCUAAACCUAUCGUGAUGCCUGACUAUGUUGCAAAAUACCCUGUGAUUCAGACGGAAGAUGAACGAGAACGCUACAAAGCUGUGUUCCAAGACCAGUUUUCAGAGUAUAAAGAGCUCUCUGCAGAAGUCCAGGCCGUCUUGAGGAAGUUCGACGAGCUGGAUGCAGUGAUGAGCAGAUUGCCUCGUUGUUCAGAAAACCAACAGGAACGUGAGAGAAUUUCAAGAAUCCAUGAAGAGUUUAAGAAAAAAAAGAAUGAUCCCACAUUUCUGGAAAAAAAAGAACGCUGUGAUUAUCUGAAGAAUAAACUUUCUCACAUAAAGCAAAGAAUUCAAGAAUAUGAUAAAGUAAUGAACUGGAAUGUGCAAGGUUAUUCUUAAACCUUAUUUGAAACCAGUUUUUUAAUGUUAAACUUAAUAUUUAUUUACUGUUUUUUCCAUGCUAGUCUGUGAUAGAGAAGCAUGUGCUUUCUGCAUCGGCUUCUUGUUGGUUUAGCUGGUCUGCCAUACUAUGAUAGUAUGACUUCACUUCAAGCAUUUCAAAAUAAGUCCAGAUUUACCAAGGACUUACUCAGAAUGGAAGAAAUGCUGUGUCCAUCUGUGUACAGUUUAUAUUUAACCUGUUAGAGGUAAAAGUUGUUGAGAGGUCUUAUCCACACAGUGUGAUGAGCACACAGAGCAUCAUUCUGGGGCUGUUUUCUCCUUUUUAACUCAGGCCGGCUCCUGGGGUUUCUCUAAGACAUGUUUGUCUUCUAAGCCAAGGCAUCCUGCCUUCUCUUGAAAGGGCCUUGAAUCCGGGAUCAACAUUUCCAAGUUUUAGGAUCUCAGGCAAGUUUCCGUAUCUCUCUGUGCCUAUUUUCUCAUCUGCAAAAGUGGAGCUAAUGGUAGUGCCUACCUUGUAGGGUUGUUGUGAGGCUGAAAUAAGUAAUGUUUGUAAAGCACUUAGAAGAGACUGCGGCACGUUACACACAGUCCAUUAGCGCAUGCGGUCCGUAGAAGUGACUGUGACGUGAACACACUGCCGAGGGAAGGUUCUUACUGAGCACACUCAACCAGUUAACCAGAAGGCCCACCUGUCUCAUGGGUUUCCUUUUUUGCCAUUAAUAACUCUUACCACAUGUAGCCUUAAGCAGGUGCUUCCCUGUGGUUCUGUGGCCACUGGGGUCCACCGCACGCUUCCUAUCAUGAAUCGCUAUCACUGUGCACAGAGGUCUGCCUCCCCACAGCCCAGCCCGAGGCCAGGAUUGUGUGACCCCUGUUGCCUCUUCUGCCCUGUGGCUAAGGUCCCCUGACCCUACAUUUGCUUAGAAUCUCCUUUCGAUUUACUGUGAUGCUUCAUUUUCCCAACCAUUCUCUUGGCUGUGGGGCUUUGUCCAUGAGAAGUAUUUUAUUUUUAGUAGUAUGAACAAUGGACUACCUAAACAAAUGUUUUUAAGAAGUCAUUGCUCCUGGAUCCUUUUCAUCAGGCUCUGUCCUGUGGCAAGUUUCCUGGGUGCAGAAGUACACCAUAGCUGCCAUUCGAACAAGUAAUGUUCAGACAAUUUUCUAAAGCAAUGAAACCAAAGAAAAGCAUGUGGAAAAGCAGAGCCUUCAAAAGCGUUGGAUAUUGAAUGGACUUCCUUGUUUUUCUUUAUCUUUGAAAUCUUAUUUAGUGUUUAUUGUUACUAUUUUAAUACCGUGGCUCCCAGAGUAUGCUUACUCUGAGAUACCCUACGUGUCUCAAGAGGUGACACCUAGGGAAGUGUGAGACCCCUCUCAAAGCCCCCCCCCUUAACUGGAACAGCCUCACUUUCUGUUUUAUAUGUUAGGGUCCUAUGUUAACAUUUUGCUUAAGAAGCACACCAGUGCUUUAAAAAAGGGAAAAAAAACCAAACCAUGAAUAAUACCAUUUUGAUGGAUCGUAAGGAGUUAGAUUCAUAGUGAAAUGAGGUGUUAAAAAAUUUAACUUUGUGAAACUUAAUUUUACUAUAAUUGUAAAUGUUAAUCUUUGAAAACCAAUGUAACACUAACUUUUAAAAUUUCUCAUGUCAGUACCUAGACUUAUUAAAAUUUCAACUACUUGUU